CGGCGCUGCGGGGUGCCGGCAGCAUGGCGGAGUCCCAGGUGCUGCUGCUGGACGAGUCGCACGUCAACGAGAAGGUGACGGAGGCCCAGGCCCGCUUCUACUACAGCGAGGAGCAGCGCCGGGCCCUGGAGGUGCUGGUGACCCGGGGCGAGGCAGCCUACCGGGAGGCGCUGAGGAAGGAGCAGCUCCGCGAUUUUCUCUCCAGCCGGGAGCUGCAAGCCCUGCGGGGCAGCUGGCGAGGUUACGAUGACCCCCGUGAAGGCGGCAAGGUGGUGCGAGGUCCCGGCGGUGAGACCCUCUCGCUGGCCUACUGGCCUGACUGCUCGGAUACGGAGGUGCCCCCCUUGGAUUUGGGCUGGACCGACAAGACCUUCUACCGGGGCAUCAGCCGGGUGGCCCUCUUCACGCACCCCCGCAAGGAGGAGAACGCGCCCCACCUGAAGGAGGUGGUGCGGGAGAUGAUCCAGCAGGCGCAGAAGAUUAUUGCAGUGGUCAUGGAUGUAUUUACAGACCGGGACAUAUUCCGUGAUAUAGUUGAUGCAGCAUAUAAGCGCUGGAUUCCAGUCUAUAUAAUCCUAGAUGAGGAGGGUGUGAAGCUCUUCCUGGAAAUGUGCAGAUGCCUUGACCUCAGUGACUUGCAGAUCCGGAAUAUCCGCAUACGUUCUGUGACAGGAGUUGGGUUCUACAUGCCAGCAGGGAAGAUCAGAGGCACACUGGCAUCCCGAUUCCUGAUGGUGGAUGGUGAAAAAGUGGCCACUGGAUCGUACAGCUUCACAUGGAGUUCAUCCCACAUUGACAGAAACAUCCUGCUAGUCUUGACAGGACAGCAUGUGGAGAUGUUUGACGUUGAGUUUCGUGAACUCUAUGCCAUCUCAGAGGAAGUUAAUUUCUACAAGGAGCUGGGUAUUGCUAACCCAUUCCUUCAUGGAAUUGGGAAGCCAGGCCUUCAUUCCUCCACCGUGUCUCGGAAGUUCAUUAACCCCAAGUAUGGUUUAGUGGCAGGAGCAACCCGUGGUGAUAUGAUGCUCUGGGCUUCACGACACAGGCAGGAUAAUCAGGGGAACAUGGAAAAGGAGGAAACAAGUGAGUCAAAGAAACGGUUAAAUCAGUUUCUGAAUGACUUAGUCACACUGGAGCAAGAGUUCCCAGAAAUUUAUCCACCUCUGGAGAAUGUGAACAAGGUGAAUCGGAGCCCUCAGAAACUGUUCUCCCGGUUCCAGAUGGAUCUGAAAAAUAAAUCCAAAUCCAGAGAGUCUAUUCGUGAUGUGAAGAAAGAAGAUGCACAGGCCAAUUCAAAGCAAGGAAAGCGGUUUGCCAGUGGGCUUUUCAGUCGCAAGGCCAAACGGUCUCCAGGCUCAAGCAUUGAGGCCAAUUCUUUUGCCAGUGAAGGACAUUCAGGAGAAGACCUUGGGAACAUGAAACUGGAAUAUGAGCGGCUCAGCAUUGGCCAUGCCAGUGUUCGGAGCACUGGAGGCAUCUCAGGUAACGUGGGUCCAAACUCCACUACAAGUGAUAAAAACAAACCAUCCGCCUGUGUGUUAUCUUGAUUGGGAAGGAUUGUCGGGAGAACUGAAGACUAAACAAGCUGGAACAGUAACCUCUUGAUUGAUUUUGAACCUACAGCCACGUCCUCACGCAGUGGUCUGUCAAGCCACCGCGUGGUCCUGGAUGCACCCGGCACCCCCAGUUAAAGCACAUGUACUGGAU